AAAAUGUCAGGCCACAACGACUGGUUCCAGAGCUCCCGGGUCCCCAGCUUCGCACAGAUGCUGAAGAAGAACCUGCCGGUGCAGCCACCCACGCACACAGUCACCGCACCGCCCGGUUACUCACGGGAGAGCUACAGCCUGUCCUCCAUGGCCUCCAAGGUCACACCAGUGACAGGUAAUUUUCCAGAGCCACUGCUUUCCAAAGGUCUUUCAUCUAUAUCAAAUCCUGUCCUUCCUCCAAAGAAAAUACCAAAGGAAUUUAUAAUGAAAUACAGGCGUGGAGAGAUAAACCCUGUGUCAGCCUUGCACCAAUUUGCACAAAUGCAGAGGGUUCAGCUUGACCUUAAGGAAACUGUAACAACAGGCAAUGUGAUGGGACCAUAUUUUGCUUUUUGUGCUGUGGUGGAUGGUAUUCAGUACAAGACUGGACUUGGACAAAAUAAAAAGGAGUCUAGAUCCAAUGCAGCAAAAUUGGCUCUGGAUGAGCUUCUACAAUUGGAAGAACCUGAACCAAGAAUUACAGAAACAUCAGGUCCUCCUCCGAUCCCUGCAGAACCUAUUGUUUCACCUGAACCAGUGUAUGUUUCAAAAGUACAUUACGAAGGAAGAAAUGUUCAGUAUGCAAAAAUUUCACAGAUUGUUCAAGAAACAUUUAAUCAACUAAUCUCUAAUCAUUCAGAUUAUCUAAAAUGUAGCAAUUCACUGGCUGCAUUUAUAAUUGAAAGAGCUGGACAGCAUGAAGUGGUAGCCAUAGGCACAGGUGAAUACAAUUACAGCCAGUGCAUCAAGCCCGAUGGACGGGUGCUACAUGACACCCAUGCUGUUGUGACAGCAAGGCGGUCUCUCCUCAGGUACUUUUAUAGACAGCUUCUACUCUUCUACAGCAAAAAUCCUGCUAUGAUGGAAAAGUCAGUAUUUUGUACAGAACCAGCUUCUAAUUUGCUAACUUUUAAACAGAAUAUCAACAUUUACCUCUAUAUGAACCAGUUGCCUAAAGGAUCAGCCCAGAUAAAGUCACAACUGCGUCUUAAUCCACAUUCUAUAUCUGCAUUUGAAGCCAAUGAGGAACUGAGUCUCCAUGUAGCUGUUGAAGGGAAGAUUUAUCUGACUGUCUACUGUCCUGCAGAUGUUGUCAACAGAGUCAGUAGUAUGUCUUCCAGUGACAAGCUGACCAGAUGGGAAGUGCUGGGUGUGCAGGGAGCAUUGCUGAGCCACUUCAUUCAGCCUGUUUAUGUCAGCAGUAUUCUUGUUGGUGAUGGAAAUUGCAAUGAUACUAGAGGCUUAGAAAUUGCUAUAAAGCAGCGUGUUGAUGAUGCACUCACUUCAAAACUCCCAAUGUUUUACUUGGUCAACAGGCCUCAAAUUAGUUUAGUUCCUUCUGUAUAUUCUCUUCAAACAAACUCAGAGUAUAAAUCCCUGAGUUUGAACUGGGCACAAGGGGACAUUUCUUUGGAGAUUGUGGAUGGUCUAAGUGGGAAGAUCACUGAAAGUUCCCCAUUUAAAAGUGGUGUGUCGAUGGCAAGUCGGCUUUGUAAAGCUGCUAUGUUAAAUCGAUUUAACCUGCUUGCCAAGGAAGCGAAGAAAGAUGAUUUACUAGAAGCUAGUACAUAUCAUGCAGCUAAGUGUAUGUCUGGUUCCUAUCAAGAAGCUAAAACUUUGUUGAAAUCCUACUUACAGCAACACGGCUAUGGCUCCUGGAUCGUGAAAUCUCCCUGUAUUGAGCAGUUUAGUAUGUGA